AUGGUUACCCGGUGUUGCAAACAGGGUUAUUGUGACGAAAAUACACUUCCUGGGUACAAGUAUAAUGUUUUUAUCUCUCCGGUGAGCAUUUAUGCUGCGAUGGCCAUGGUUCUCGCCGGAAGUGAAGGCGAAACAAAGCGAGAAAUUCUCUCAGCAUUACGACUACCCACGGACAUUGGGGAUGAAGAAAUCCACAACGCAAUCGGAAGUUUUAUUUCCAGUUGUUUUCAGUCCACACCCGGUGUGACGGUAUCUGUUGGAAACCGAGGUUUUGCAGAAAGAGAAGUAACGCUCGCCUCACAGUACCAGGAGAUUUUGAACAAGAAUUAUGGAGUUGACUUCCGUGGUGCUAUUGAGGCUGUACGGAAGCACAUCAAUGAUUGGGUUAGCAGUGAAACCAAGGGAAAGAUUCAGAAUUUAUUUGCCCCAGAUAGUUUGGAUUCGAAAACUUGUGUGAUACUUAUCAAUACUCUAUACUUUAAGGGUGCUUGGGAGAAGGAAUUUGAUAAGGAAUUAACGACACAGAUGGAAUUUCAUCUCCUGAAUGGACAGAAGAAAAACAUACAAAUGAUGUAUAAAAAGAAGCAGCUAAAGUUUGCAUCCUUUCCUGAUUUGGAUGCAGCGGCCAUUAAGAUGCCGUUCCGACAGUCGAAAGGUGUCCUUAGAAAACUGAAGCAAGCCUUUCCCGAGAUUAAUUUCAAAAGAAGAAACCAAAUUGCAAUACUGCACGAUUUAUGUCCAGGACGAUUUCGCUGCAUCUCAACAUGGUGCAUACUGCAGAGAACACAAUAUUUAUAUGGGGAUUUAGCAUGGCAACAAAGUAGAGCGGAAUGCAAUCAAACAGAUGAACAUAAAAGGGGGAGAGGUAAAAGGACUAUGUCACCAGAGGAUAAACUAAUAUAA